UGACUGAUAAAUAACCUCAAGAACAAUAUCACCUAUCUACGAUUAAAUUCAAUUCAAUCCUGUUUGAACAGACAGAUAAAAUGCAAUAAUAAUAAUUCCUCCGAUCAAAAAAUGUGAACGAUUUCUGAUUUCGAAAUAAGGUCAGGAUAUUGUUUCAGUUCAGUGAUGCAAGUGGUGAUAAAAUUACUAAUUUUCGGUAUCUUGGCCCUCGGCCUGGCCUCCGGCGCUAAUAUAUUGGGAAUAUGGUUUCACGCGGGAAAAAGUCAUCAUAUAUUGGGGGAAGUGCUCCUCAAAGAAUUGGCCAGGAGAGGACAUAACGUGACCAUGGCAAGUCCGUUUCCCCUGAAGGAGAAGUUCCCAAACUAUACGGAUAUUCAUCUGACUGGAAUCCAAGAAGAUCAGGACGCGAGAGAAGCCAUCUUCUUGAAGAUGAAUGAGGGAGGUUUCAGAUCGGCCCUGGACGCCACCAUUCCGUUAGUGAGGGCUCAAACAGAACUGACACUCACUCACCCCGAAAUGAGCAAGCUGUUGAGAUCAGGAGUCAAGUUCGAUGUGAUAAUCAUCGAUUGGUUCAUGAAUCAAGCCAUACUCUACUUCGGUAAAUUAUUCAAUGCCCCUGUGAUACCUCUGGCCUCACACGGAACAACAUCGAUGUCCAACGGUAUAGUAGGAAAUCCCUCACCACCCUCCUACUUACCCCUUUCGAUGAUAGACUUCCCGGUAGAAAUGAGCUUUGUCCAGAGAAUGGCUAACGGACUCAUAACAGUUUUUGGCGCUGUUUUAGGUCAAAGUAAUAUCAAUUUCCAUCAAGAUCUAAUCAAGAAACAUUUCAAUGAUACCAUGACAUACGAGGAAAUGCAGAAAAAAGUUGCAUUGGUGUUCAGUAAUGGCCACUACUCUUACGAGCAUCCGCGACCGUUUGUACCCAGUUUAGUACCAAUUGGAGGAUUUCACGUGACCAAACCCAAGAAAUUACCAAAACAUUUUCAAGAGUUCAUGGACGGAUCUGAGAGCGGGGUGAUAUUCUUCAGUCUUGGUUCGAAUAUGAAAAGCGUUUUACUGCCUGAUAAAACUCAGCAAGAAAUAUUGAAGGUACUUUCCAAGCUUCCAUAUAGGGUAAUAUGGAAAUGGGAAGACGAAAACUUGAAGGGAAAGCCGAGCAACGUCUUGAUCAGCAAAUGGUGCCCACAAAAUGAUAUACUUGCACACCCAAAAUUGAAGCUAUUCAUAUCUCAUGGUGGCCUCUUGAGCACCAUAGAAGCCUUACAUCAUGGAGUGCCAGUACUAGGAAUACCAAUCUUUGGUGAUCAGAAGACCAAUGUACCAAAUGCUGUCCGAAAUGGUUAUGCUGUACAGUUGGAUCUGAAAGAUCUUAAUGAAAGGACAUUUUCGGAGGCGUUGGAUGAAAUACUAAAGAAUCCAAAAUACAGAGAUAUGGCUAAAAAACGUUCAUUACUACUCAGAGACCAGCCAAUUCCACCCAUGGACGCAGCUGUAUUCUGGGUAGAACAUGUUAUUAGGCAUAAGGGUGGUGAUCAUCUCAGGAACUAUGGGGCUAACCUACCAUGGUAUCAGUAUCUCAUGAUAGAUGUUAUUUUAUUCCUACUUGUUUGUGCACUUUCAGUAUUGUUCGUCAUAUGUGUUAUAUUUAUUGUUUUAUUCAAAUUGAUCAAGAGAAUACCUUUCAGACAAUGUAAAGAAAAGAAUAAAGUCAAAAAGAAUAAACUGUCGCAAACAAAGUUGCUCCUUUUUGUUAUUCGAUUUAUGCGGAAGUGCGAAGAGAUGAGGUUCUUAAUUCUAAGCCUGCUCUUCUUGAAUGAAACAUUUGGAGCAAACAUAUUAGGGAUUUGGUUCCAUGCUGGAAAAAGUCAUCAUAUUUUAGGCGAAGUUCUGCUGAAAGAGCUUGCAAGGAGGGGUCAUAACAUAACCAUGGCAAGUCCUUUUCCUCUGAAGGAACCCUUUCCUAACUACACAGAUAUCUAUUUGAGUGGAAUACGAGAGGAUCAAGAGUCCAGAGAAGAAAUCUUCCUCAAAAUGAACAAGGGUGGACCAAUGGUGGCUUAUGAAACAACCAUUGCUCUAACUAGGGCUCAAACUGAACUAACCCUUGCACACCCCGAAAUGAAAAAACUUCUCGAAUCUGGAACAAAAUUCGACGUCAUAAUAAUGGAUUGGUUUUUGAACGGAGCAGUGUUGUAUUUCGGGAAAUUAUUCAAGGCUCCUGUUAUACUUUCCGCUUCAUCUGGGACGACAAUAUUGACCACUGACAUAUCUGGAAAUCCUUACCCUCCAUCAUAUGUACCGAUGUCAAAUUUUCCUGUAGAGAUGACGUUUCUACAGAGGGUGGUCAAUGGAAUAAUAGCAACGAUUUUUCAGAUCUUGAAUAAAACGGGAACGUUUCAUGAAGAUCUAGUGAAAAAAUAUUAUAACGACACAUUCACCUCUUCAGAUAUGAAAGAUGUGGUUGCCCUGAUGCUUAGCAAUGCACAUUACGCUUACGAAUACACCAGACCUUAUGUCCCUAAUGUAAUACCAGUAGGUGGAUUUCACGUUUUGCCACCGAGAAAAUUACCACAGCAUUUGCAAGAAUUUAUGGAUAACGCUGAACAAGGUGUGAUAUACUUUAGUUUGGGAUCCAAUAUGAAGAGCACUCUUCUUCCAGAAAAAACCAAACGUGAUAUAUUGAGAGUUUUCUCGAAAAUGCCCUAUAGGGUAAUUUGGAAAUGGGAGGAUGAUAGGUUGGAAGUAAAAUUGAAAAAUGUCAUGCUUGUUAAAUGGUGUCCACAAAAUGAUAUUCUCGCUCAUCCAAAACUCAAACUCUUCAUUUCACAUGGUGGACUCUUAAGUACUAUCGAGGCAAUACAUUAUGGCAUACCCGUACUCGGAAUACCAAUAUUUGGUGAUCAGGAACUGAACGUUCCGAUUGCAGUGAGAAAUGGAUAUGCUCUUCAGUUAAAACUAGAUGCCCUCAAUGAGGUUACUUUCUCUCAAGCACUUAAUGAAUUGCUGAGCAACCCAAAAUAUAAAAAAGAGGCUGAGAAGAGAUCUUUGCUACUUAGAGAUAGACCAUUGUCUGCCAUGGAUACUGCAGUAUUUUGGGUUGAACACGUUAUACGACAUAAAGGAGGAGAACAUCUCAAAACUUACGGACUUAAACAGCCACUUUACCAAUACCUGAUGCUUGAUGUUAUUCUGUUCGUAACAUCCUUAAUUUUUUUGACAAGCCUUAUACUUUACUUCAUUGUGAAAAAACUGAUUUGUUUCAUUCGCAAGAUGGUGAUAUCGAGAUCACAUACCCAUUCGAAAAAAAUACAGUGAUUCUUUUUUCUUUCGAUAAGCGAUGAAAACUUGGUUUGUGAUGAUGAUUUCAUUACCCUGAAAUUAUUUUCUCAUAGAAUCUUUCCCACUGAAGUAUCUACAUAAUUUGCUAAAAGGAAAUUUAAAUACUGUUGAAACAUUAAUAAGAUUAUAGCGUAUUACUUAUCGGAUUCUCAUUUAACCACCAGGGUUUAUAUUUAGCUACCUCAUUUUAUAUUGUUGAAGCUGUUUUUUAACAAAGGUUAAAGAUAUGGAAUAUAAUUCUAAGCUGAG